ACUCGGGGCUCGGGCAGAGCUGUCAGAGAGGGGCAGAUCCAGCUGCUGCAUUCAGGCGCAGUGGAUGGCUCAGAUGCCCGGUCUUCGCCGCUUGACUUCAGCAGGACAGUUUCCGUUUUUUUUCUGUUGGUAUAUUGACUGGUUUUGAUUAGUUUCGUCCGUCGUUAAAGGAUUCGUAAAGGAUUUCUUUUACGUCACCAUAACGUUUGUUAACGGGCAGGAUUUAAAUGAGGCGGCACACCUUUACAAAGAGAGAAGUGGUGUGAAAUAUCUGCAUUCUGAAUCGGUUCUUCUGUUUAUUUUAUUAUUAUUAUUAUUAUUACAUUUGAUUAGCAGCCACAUAAUGGACAAGGAUAUCAUUAAUUUGAGCUUGUUGGAUGUUUUGCCGAGCGAACUGAAAAUUUAGUUCACAAAGCUCUGUAUCUGUAGAUGUGUAGUAGCGCAUAUUGUACAUCCAGACAAUUGUAACCUUCAAGCUAACGUCAAUGACAGCUAACAGUUAGCUGGUGUGCGUUGGUGGAUAGGUGAUUUCUUCGAGCUUUUCAUCGGCCGUCAGCUGCGUGUUUUGCAGAGGGAUGCGUGAACAUGCUGCAUUAAAACAAGACAGGGACGAAUUGCAUGUGAAGAUCCAGCUCGUGUCGACACCUCGCCCGCUAGUCGCGAAAAGUGCCACGCGCAGAGAGGGAUUUCAUUCAUCCGAGCCUGCUCACUAAACAUGGCCUCUGCAGCCAGCAGCCUUGCUGCAUCCAUCGCCAGCAAAACCAAAACCAAGAAGAAACACUUCGUGUCUCAGAAGGUCAAGUUGUUUCGUGCCAGCGACCCGCUCCUCAGCGUGUUGAUGUGGGGAGUGAACCACUCGAUAAAUGAACUCAGUCACAUCCAAAUUCCUGUUAUGCUAAUGCCUGAUGACUUCAAAGCCAACUCUAAGAUCAAGGUGGACAACCACCUCUUCAACAAAGAGAACAUGCCAAGCCAUUUCAAGUUUAAGGAGUACUGUCCCCUAGUCUUCCGCAAUCUGAGGGAGAGGUUCUCCAUUGAUGAUCAGGAAUAUCAGAACUCUCUGACACGCAGGGCCCCAAUUCCCAGUGACGCUCAGGGCCGCAGUGGAGCUCGUUUCCACACCUCAUUCAACAAGAGAUAUGUCAUCAAGAUCAUCACCAGCGAGGAUGUAGCCGAGAUGCACAACAUUCUGAAGAAGUACCACCAGUAUAUAGUUGAGUGCCAUGGCAACACGCUUCUCCCUCAGUUUCUGGGCAUGUAUCGCCUCACAGUGGAUGGAGAUGAGACCUACAUGAUCGUCACUCGCAAUGUUUUCAGCCACCGGCUGCCUGUUUACAAAAAAUAUGAUCUGAAGGGAUCCACAGUCGCCAGAGAGGCUAGCGACAAAGAAAAGCCACGCACACCUGAGGAUGGGGCUCCAUCCAAAUCUCGCAUGAGCCAAAAGCUACAAACCAUCCGGAUUGCCACACGCUUUUACUGCGCCAUAAGACACACCAAGGAGCUUCCAACUUACAAAGAUAAUGACUUCAUCAAUGAUGGCCAAAAGAUCCAAAUAGAUGAGGAGAAUAAGAAAAUUUUCCUGGAGAAGCUGAAGAAUGACGUAGAGUUCCUGGCCCAGCUGAAGCUGAUGGACUACAGUCUGCUGGUAGGGAUCCAUGAUGUGGAGCGAGGGGAGCAGGAACAGCCCGAGGAGGAGAGUGAGGACAAUGAUGCUGGGGAGGAAGAGGGGACAGAGAGUGAUGGAGGGGCCACCGGCUCCCCACCAGACAGCCCCAGUAACACACUAGACAGCAACAGGCCUCUGGGUCCAGGAGAGUUUGACCCCACCAUUGAUGUGUAUGCUAUCAAGAGCCAUGAAACCGCUUCUAAAAAAGAGAUCUACUUCAUGGCAGUGAUUGACAUCCUCACUCCAUAUGAUGCCAAGAAGAAAGCAGCCCAUGCAGCAAAGACAGUCAAACACGGGGCAGGGGCAGAGAUCUCAACAGUUAACCCCGAGCAAUAUUCAAAGCGGUUUUAUGAUUUCAUCACCACCAUCCUGUCCUAACUGCUGCUUGAGGUGGGAGUGAGGCGGUGGGUGCGGUGUAAAUGAAGAGUAACUGGUGGUGACAAGAGUUUUCAUAUCCUGGGAGAAGUUUCUCUCCCACUUGUCAUGAGGAUCACGCUUGAGAUCCAUCAAGAUCUUUUUUGUUUACAAUCUUUUUCUCCGCUGUUAUUUAUUUUUUUUCAGUAGGUUUAUGGCUCUGUCAUUGAUAAGGGAUACAUGUGAUAUAGUCAUAUGUCAUAUAUACCAUUCUGUACCUUGUGUUAGAUAUUGUUGAGAAAUUGAGUGAUGUUGUUUGUGCCCAGAUAUGUCGUAUAAUUAUUAUACUGGAAUUCUCAAAGCUGCUUAAUUUGUUUGUUUUGUUUGUUUGUUUUUUUUUGCAAAGAAAAAUUUUCAGUUUAAAACAAUAUAAUUAAAAUAAAUAAAUUGUAUAAAAUAAAUUAGCCCUAAAAAUAUAUGAUCAGAAUAUGCAUAAAAAUGAAUUGGAGCACAGUUGUUUGAAAGUGUAGCACUAUUGCUAUAGCUGCAGGCAGUACCUUUAAAUCAGAUUAAUUUUUCUAUCUGUUUAAUAAGCAUAUGUAACAGUGGGGUUUAAAGGAUGCAACUUCAGGUUCAACUGCAGAAUUCAUAGUUAAGUUCCAAUUAGCAAAUUGGAUUUAGAUUAGCUGCCUGCUGUGCAGUAUAAUGUCUUGCACAGGAGCUCAAUAUUUGAAAUUGACUCCGAUAAGACUCUGUUUUUGCACAUGAUCUAAAGCACCAAAAUGUUUAUGGAAACGAUUCCAGUUUUACCACUGACUCGCAAAGGGUCAUGCAAUAGUAGUGAUUCAUAGAAUGUGUUAAGCACCUGAUGGGUUACAUGUGCAUUGCCACUUUUGUAUCCCUAGUGAAAGGUUAAAAUGUUGCCUGUUUUGUGUUGUUUGGCUAUUGAAUAGAGAACAUGUUAUGAAAAUGAAGCAUAUUUUGUACCUCCCUUUUUUACAGAAAUUAGCAAGUUUACAAUGAGCCAUUCUCUUAGUGAGAAUGUAGUUGUGCUGGCGCUAAUUUGAUGCUUGAAUCUGUUUACAGUGUUUUAGCUGCACUGUAAAGAGGGAGAGAAUGCUGCCUAACUCUAGGUCUUACUGUUGAUAUUUCUCUCACUCUCUCUCAUCAUUGUUGAAACUAUGCGUGAUCCCAGAGACCUUUAGUAUUAUAAAAAUAUAGAGAUAUUGUGACGUUGUCUUCUGGAAUAUUGUUUGCAAAGUAAUCCUAAAUAUUCUACUGUUUCUGUUGAAAUGUUGACACAUAUACACUGUGCGAGGGUGUGCCUUUUUUACAUUGAAUUAUUUAAUUUUGUAUUUUAGUCAUUUUUUUAAAUAGAAAAGUUUGAAAAUUUUUAUUUUCUAAAAAGGAGAGGUGAAUAGGAUGAAUCCUUACUAAGGUGGUUUUGCUGUUCCUGUAAAUAUGCAAGUGUAUUGAUUGAAUGUUGCUGUCUUAAAGGUACAAAAACUCUCUUUUUUUCCUACUAACUGUUGCAUUAAUUGAUCUGAAAUUAUCAAGUUUGCUACCGAUCAGUUUGAUUCUCUGUUGUGUCAUAAAUAAA